CUGGAGUUUGCUGAAACCUGCAAAAACCCGUCCAGAGCUGGAGACCCGUCCAGAGGGGCUAAAGACCCGUCCAGAGGGGCUAAAGACCCGUCCAGAGGGACUAAAGACCCGUCCAGAGGGACUAGAGACCCGUCCAGAGCUGGAGACCCGUCCAGAGGGGCUAAAGACCCGUCCAGAGGGGCUAAAGACCCGUCCAGAGGGACUAGAGACCCGUCCAGAGGGGCUAAAGACCCGUCCAGAGGGACUAGAGACCCGUCCAGAGCUGGAGACCCGUCCAGAGCUGGAGACCCAGCUGGAGACCCGUCCAGAGGGACUAGAGACCCGUCCAGAGCUGGAGACCCGUCCAGAGGGACUAGAGACCCGUCCAGAGGGACUAAAGACCCGUCCAGAGGGACUAAAGACCCGUCCAGAGCUGGAGACCCGUCCAGAGGGGCUAAAGACCCGUCCAGAGAUAAAGACCCGUCCAGAGGGACUAAAGACCCGUCCAGAGGGGCUAAAGACCCGUCCAGAGGGACUAAAGACCCGUCCAGAGGGGCUAAAGACCCGUCCAGAGGGGCUAAAGACCCGUCCAGAGGGACUAGAGACCCGUCCAGAGGGACUAGAGACCCGUCCAGAGGGGCUAAAGACCCGUCCAGAGGGACUAGAGACCCGUCCAGAGGGGCUAAAGACCCGUCCAGAGAUAAAGACCCGUCCAGAGGGACUAAAGACCCAGGGACUAAAGACCCGUCCAGAGGGGCUAAAGACCCGUCCAGAGGGACUAAAGACCCGUCCAGAGGGGCUAAAGACCCGUCCAGAGGGGCUAAAGACCCGUCCAGAGCUGGAGACCCGUCCAGAGGGACUAAAGACCCGUCCAGAGCUGGAGACCCGUCCAGAGGGGCUAAAGACCCGUCCAGAGAUAAAGACCCGUUCAGAGGGGCUAAAGACCCGUCCAGAGGGACUAAAGACCCGUCCAGAGGGACUAAAGACCCGUCCAGAGGGACUAAAGACCCGUCCAGAGCUGGAGACCCGUCACCGUGGUGCUCCUGCCUGGUCUGA